AUGUCAGUAAGAUCAAUAGUUGAUUUAGUAGUGCAUGUCUAGAACUUUAGAAAUAUAGAUCUUUUUUAUUAAGGUUUAUAUUUCUUGAAAUUUACCAUCUACCAAUUGAAGGGAAAAGAUCAAAAAAUUUAUGCACAUCCAUACAAUAUUACAGAAAAUUACAAGCCUUAUUCGAAUGACUUUUAACAACCAAAAGGAUAAAAAUUCAAUGACUCUUAACUGUUUAGGCCAGCAGGAAUUAUAGAUUAAACAAGUUCUUUUUAUUCAAAAUCCUUCUUUAUCAAAUUUUGCGAGGAAGAGGUAGAGUUAAAUGACUUUUGCCAUUUUCGUAUUGAAUUCGAUGCUGGAAAAUAAGGAGAAAACCCUGAAAUGUAUAUGGAAGUUGAACUUAUGUUUUUCGAUUGCAUGAAUAACUCAAAUAAUAAGAAUACUUCUGGGUAAGGAGGCAAGGAUGGAUAAAAAGAUUCAAAUAAGAAUGAAAAUAAAGAUAACAACACAAAUAACACAACAAAUUCAAAUAAAAGCAAAGAAGAAUGUUGCCUUUUUAAUGAGAGCAAAUCCCUUUCUACUAUAAAAUACAAAUUAAACGAUGUAACUGAAGGUAUCCAUGAAUUUGUACCCCUUCUCUUUGAAGAAGCAAACUUUUGUGUUGCGAACGUUAUAUUUCACAGUAUCAGGUUAGAUUACCGCUUUAGAGUCAUCCCCAUAUAAAUAUCGGAGUUUGCUAAAUACAAACCAGAAGAAAGACUUGCACUCAUGGAUAUCUAAAAAAAUUAAUCAGCAUCUAAAACUAUAUCUAUUUAUGAAUCAACAUAAAAACAGUUAGGAAAUAUUGAUUAUGAAGGCAUGUACAAUACUUUCGUCGAAUCUUUGAAAAAAACUUAUAGCAAAUUGUAUAAUCAUUACAAUAAGAUGAAUAGUAGAUGUAUUCUUGAUAAACAGAAAAAGACAUUUAAGAAAUACUUACAACCCCCAAGCAAGCUAAUAACUCCUGAGUAUGUCACAAACGAAAAUGUUAGAGAAUAUAGCUAAAGUAACAAUCAAAAUGGUAAAUAAAAUUAAAAUAAAGAUUUCAAUACAGUCCUCUAAGAAAGAUUUAAGUCAAGAGAUCCUGAAACAAUAACUCAUUCAAUACUAAAUGAAGCAAAUCUUAUAAGUGGUUAAUUGUUUUAGCUAUGGCACAAGUAUCUAGAUCUCUAUAAAAUAUCUCCCUUGUACUGUCUUGCUUUACUAAAGUUUGAAUAUUAAUAAAAAAUUAAAGACAGACUUUAAAUAUUUAUAGUAAAACAAAAAAUUAACAAUUAAGAUUUCAAAAAAAUCCACGAGCAAAGCAAAGUAGAAUAAAAUGAAAAAGUUGCCUACAAAAUGAGGCCUACCCUUCCCAUUUUAGAGUCUAAAUUUUUAAAUAAAGUAGAGCCAAUUUAUUCUAUCUUUAAAACUGAACAUAAUCCAAUCAUAUUUGAAGAACUUAUUGUCAAGGAUGUAAAGGAAAAGAAUGAAGAAAAUAUAAUUGAGUAUGAAUUAAAUGGAGAAAGCGAAAACAUUUAUUAUAAAGGUAUCCAUUUAUUUGUCUUAGUCCAUGGUUUCUAAGGAAAUGCCUAUGACAUGAAAAUGCUUAAAAAUUACUUAAAUUAUAUGCAUCCUGAGGCAAUGUUCCUUUGUUCAGUUUACAAUGAAGACAAUACAGAGGGAGAUAUUGAUGAAAUGGGUAAAAAUCUUGCUAAUGAAAUUCAAACCUUUAUAGCAGAUAAUUGCUCAGGUGAGAACUUGGGAAGAAUUAGUUUAAUUGGUUUCAGUUUAGGAGGUGUAAUUAUUAGAUCUGCUUUACCUAUGCUUGAAGAAUAUUCAGAAAAAAUGUAUACUUUCAUGAGUUUAUCUUCCCCUCAUUUAGGAUUCAUGUAUAAUCCUAAUAAGAUUAUUGAAGCAGGUAUUUGGAUAUUGAAAAGAUGGAAAAAAAGUACAAGUCUCCAACAACUCACUAUGGCUGAUAGUAAAGACAUAGAAAAUACAUUCUUAUAUAGACUUUCUAAAGCAAAGGGUUUGGGUUGGUUUAAAAAUGUGUGCUUAGUUUCUAGUUACUAAGACAGUUAUGCUCCAUUUGACUCAGCAAGAAUAGAAAUGACUAAAGAAGCUAUGAAAGAUGCAAAAGGAAAACUGUACAACGAAAUGACAUAAAAUAUACUGAGUUAGCUUUCAACUAACUCUCUACAUAGAUUAGAUGUCCACUUCCACAUAUAAGAAAAAAAUAUAGAUACUCUAAUAGGUAGAGCUGCUCACAUACAAUUUUUAGAAUGUCAACCUUUAAUUAGGAUAUUAGUAUAAAAUUACGAUACAUUUUUUAGAUGA